ACUUAAUAUUUGAAAAUAGCAAUAAUAAUAAUAAAAUAAAUUAAUAAUAAUGGAGGCUGAGAAGCUCAUCUGAAAGGAAUGGCGUCCAUUUCCUGGUCUUGUUGUCUGCAUCGGCGACCAACAAUAUCCGACCGCACAGCCUCUGCGGCCGACAAAGGUUUCUCACCUCCCAUAACAUUGGAGCAUCAUAAAAAAACACCAUGUUUACUAUCAGCACGCAAUUCCUCCAUUGAAGAAGGACAUGCGGUUAACAGAAGACAACUUGUUUUCUACACGUCACUAGCUGCAUUUGCAGCUGCCCCAUCUACUGUCCUGAAGGCAUUGGCACUCAAUGAUGUGGUUGAGGAUGUUCGUAUCUACAUUGAUGAUGAGAACAAGUUCAAGAUAGAGAUUCCCCAAGAUUGGGAAGUAGGAACAGGAGACUCUAGUGGGUUCAAAUCAUUAACUGCAUUCUACCCCAAAGAGGCAUCUAGUUCCAAUGUGAGUGUUGCUAUCACAGGGUUGGGGCCGGAUUUCACUAAGAUGGAAUCGUUUGGCAAGGUUGAUGAGUUUGCUGAGACUCUGGUUAGUGGGCUGGACAGAAGCUGGAGAAAACCGCCUGGUGUAGCUGCUAAACUCAUAAAUAGUAAAUCAUCUAAAGGAAUUUAUUAUAUCGAGUACUCGUUGCAAAAUCCUGGUGAGAGUCGCAGACAUCUAUAUUCAGCUAUAGGGAUGGCAACAAAUGGUUGGUAUAACAGACUGUAUACUGUGACAGGACAGUAUGUGGAAGAGGAAACAGACAAGUAUGCUUCCGAAAUUCAGAAGGCGGUCACAUCAUUUAAGUUCAUAUAAAGAAAUGCUCAUGAUGAAGGAGAAAUUUCCCCACAGCCAUCUUUCCUAUAUAAAUACAGAUUUGUGCCUUCCUACAGUGUAGGAUUCUUAUGAGCAAGAGAGGAUUCUUAUAUUUGUCUUUAUGAGCAAAAUGGAAUACUUCAUUAUUUCAUUCCUCUCUUAUGUCUCUUGCUCCUCAGAUUAUGUAUAUUGUAUAUCCUUUCAGUAUGCAAUUCAAUCAAGCAUUUUGUACUA